CAAUGGAAUAGCCUAAUGUUAACAUGGGAGAUCAAAAUAAUGAUAAUUCAUCUUCAGAAGAAAUAGAUCUAGAAUUAUAAGAUGAUGAAGUAAAAUAAAUGGUAAUAAAGUAUAGACAUAGGUCAAUUAGGAAUGCCUUUAAGAACAAUAAGUCUUGAGUCACUUAUUAGAAAUAGGAGAAUUCAUAGAUUAUUUAGAUUCAAAUACUAAUAAAUGGAUAACUAUGAAAAUUGUUGAUAUUUAAAACUCAAAUAUAAGACUUUAAUCUCCUUUUUCCUCUAAUACUUUCUGGAUACAAUUUUCAUAUGAAAUAAUUCGUAAGUAGUGGAUUCCUGGAGUUCCUCUAUAAAAUACAAGAGUUGAAGUUUAUAAUUCUAACAAAGGUUGGUUAAUUGGUAUAGUUGUACAGGUAGAAAAGGACUCAGUAUUAAUUCAUCAUUAAGGAUAUAAAAGGAUUUAUGAUCAGAAUUAUUAAUUGAAGGACAUUCAUCCUCUUGGUUAGAACUCUAAUGAACCUGGAAUUGGAAAAUUAUUAAAAUAACAACCAUAAUCUUUAUUAAGAUUGUAGCAUCGAUUUAAUAUUUAUCUACAAUUAUAAAAUCUUUUAUCUAUGAGAAAAAAAUAUAAGGAAAUGGAAACAUCCUUAUAAUCUGUUUUGAGUGAAUAGGGAAUGUUAAUUAGAGAGGUAUCAGGUGAUGGUAAUUGUAUGUUUAGAGCUAUAAGUGAUUAAUUAUAUGGAAAUGAAAUUUAUCAUAAAGAAUUACGUAAAUUUGCUAUGCAAUAUAUUCUAUAAGAAAAGGACUAUUUCUAAGAUUAUAUAAUAAAUGGAAAUGUUGACGAAUAUGUGGAAUACAAAUCAAAAGAUGGUGUUUGGGGAGACAAUAUAGAACUAUAAGCAUUUAGAGAACUCUAUGAUAUACCUAUUGAAAUAUAUGUUUGUAGCAAGGAACCUUUAAAAACUGGAUUAGAAGCUAAUCCUUAUAAUAAAGAGUAAUAAUAAUUUAUUAAUUCUUAGACCGAUUAGAUUGUCAUAUCAUGGAAGAUCUCAUUAUAACUCAAUAAAAUUAAAAGAUAAAUAGCAUUCAGCCUUAUUAGGAAGUUUAGAAAUUAGUUAAUACGAAAAAUAAAUGUUCGAGAAAUUACAAGAACAGAAAAACAAGCAAAAUGUAAACAAUAAUAAUAGAUAUGGAUAAUAAUUAUCAAGAGCUUAAUUUGAGAAUUGUAUCAGUAAUGAAUUAGAUAUAAUUUUUAAUGAAUCUAAAAGAUUAUUCUAGGAUCAAUAACUAAAAAAGUAAUUUUAUGAAUUAAAUAUAGUGAAUAAACUGCUAUAAAAGAAUCAUUGUAAUAGUUAGAAUAUGAAGAAGAAGAGGAAUAACUUAUGGAUAUGGUAAUUAAAGAGAGUGUUCAAGAAGCUUAAUUUAAUUAAUAAUAUCCUGAAUAAUAAUAUUAAAAAUAAGUAGAAAAAUAAUAGUAAUAAUUAUAAUAAUAACAAUAAUAACAAUAAUAACAAUAACAAUAAUAACAAUAAUAAUAACAAUAAUAAUAACCUAAUUUAGAAAGUGAAAUAUUAAGGAAGAUAAUGGAAUAAAGCAAAUAAGAAUAGGAAUAAUAAUUUAUAUAAUAAUUUGAAGAUACUUAAUUUUAAAAUGCUUUGAAAGAAAGUGAAAAAACAAUUUAUGAAGAGCCUAUGAAUAAUCCCAUUAUUGCCUAAGUUAUGGCAAUGGGGUUCUUUACACUUGAAUAAGUAAUUGAAGCUUAUGCAAUUCAUAGAGAUGACCCUGAUAUGAUCAUUAAUUAUCUUUAUGAAAAUUUCUAAUGA